GCUACAUCUGAGUUCGUGUGUCAGCAUGCGAUGCUUCUACAUGUACCGGUGUGCGCUAUUUACUCUGAUGAGUAUAUACUAUCAUCGCCCCCGCUACUAGCCUCGCUUGAUCCCCUCAAUCCGCAGCUGAGGCUCCUCUUCCUUUGCAGGAGAAGGACCAAAACAUUCAGCCUCGCCAACGUCAUAUCAGCAGACUCACAGUGUAUUAGGGCACCUCUGCUGAAGACGAUCCCCGUGGGCUCCUGCGCGCGCGAAUUCGCCAGCCUUGCAGAGUCUCUGGGCGGGAUCGCACUUGGACAAUCGGUGUGCAAUCCAUUGUACCGAGAUGGAAGUAGUGGGAUGACCGCCCCCGAAGGAUCACCUCAGGAUGCUCCGGCUCCGCGGUUGCCCACAGAGGUCUGCGGGCGGAUCAUUGACCAUCUGGCGGCGGGACUAGAUCUUUUCUUCAGAAAUACGAGCACGAACGCGAAUCCACACCUGCUGUCCCUUCAAUCAUGCGCCCUGGUGUGCAGGGAUUGGUACUUUUACACCUGGUACCAUCUCCGUCGGCGUGUUCACUUCCGUGACCGGAACGACGUCCGGUCACUUUCCAGGACACUCCGCGAGAGACCACGCCUCCGCGGGGUCGUUGAACAUGUCAUCAUCUCGGGUCAUACAUCUGAUCAGCGUUCACUGAUUCAACAUCUCGGAACGUUUGCCGCCACGUUUGCUGGGAAGCUCCCGAAGUUCUCGUUGAUGACCAUUGAGGACGCGGAGUGGACCGUUGGCUCGAUAAGGAUGGAAGACAUUGGAUAUCUCGCCACAUUCCACCUCGUCCACACGUUGUACAUCGUCAAUGUCACCGUGCCAAGCAUCGCCCAGCUGGCCCGCCUCAUCUCAGCACUCCCUGGCCUGACAGAUCUAGUAUGU